AUGUCUUCAGAGUUCGACAAGUUCAACGAAUGCUUGAAGGCGUCGUUUUGGAAAAAUGUGAAACACAAUCGUAACGCAGAACGCAAAGCCAACGGCACGACACGCCGGAUCGAUGCAACAUCCGAACCGGAACCGAGGCCCAUCAGUGAGCCCGUGCAAAGUCCCGAAGCGCUGCAAGCGAGCGCCUCUUUCGAGCCAGUUCCCGUCGUGUACAGUGCAAAGUGCGACGCGCACGACGAAGCGUCGCUGGAAGAGUUGCUGGCGAAAGAUCCGAAAUGCGACGAAUAUGAUGACUAUGUGCCGCCGCGGGCACCCAAAACGCCGCCAAUACAGGAUUACGAUGAUGUGAUCCAUCGUCCCCACACGCCUAUGGAAGUGCCGGUGGGCAAUGACAUUGUCGAAAUAGGCGACUCACCGGAACAUUCCGGUGGACGGCGGGCGAUUGAAAAGAUGCAUCCGAAAGAAACCCAUGACGAUCUGCUGCUGGAGAAGUUGUGGAAAUAUUUCGGCCACCGCGAUUUUAAAAGCCAUCUCCAGAAGGAAGCCAUCGAGACCAUCAUCGCAAGAACCCGCGAUGUAUACGUUUCAAUGCCUACUGGGGCAGGCAAAUCGCUAUGCUUUCAGCUGCCCGGUGUGAUGCAGGACAACAAGGUAACGAUCGUCUUUUCUCCUCUGCUGGCUCUGAUCAAAGAUCAGCUAGACACCUUGGCCCGGAUCAAGAUUCCGGCCGAUUCGAUCAACUCGAAAAUGAGUGCCCGAGAUCGGGAGCGCGUUCUGAAUGACCUGAAAAGCGUCAAGACCGAGAUACGGUUCCUGUAUAUCACACCCGAGCAGGCAAACACGGCCACUUUUCGGGAGAUUAUGCAGCAGCUGGUUAAAUUUCGCAAAGUGGCCUACAUCGUGGUGGACGAGGCGCACUGCGUCAGUGAGUGGGGUCACGAUUUUCGGCCCGACUACCUGAAGCUUGGCAAUCUGCGGCUCGAGUAUCCCUCCAUUCCGUGGAUUGCCCUCACGGCGACCGCUUCCAAGCAUGUGGUGACGGAUAUUUUCAAAAACCUCAAGCUGAAAGAACCGAUCGCCAAGUUCAAAACGUCUUGCUUCCGGCACAAUCUCUACUAUGACGUAGUGUUCAAGAAUUCGAUUCAUGACGACUUUCUGCAUUUGAAGGAGUACAUUGAAAGCAUCCUCGGGAAGCAGGAUGAGGUGAAACCGAGCAAACGUGCGUGCGGUAUUAUUUACUGUCGCACGCGUGAAACUACGGAGCGCGUGUCUACUACCUUAACGAAGCUGGGCCUGCGCACGGUACCGUACCAUGCCGGGCUGAAGCAGUCCGAGAGGGAGACGGUGCAGGAAGAUUGGAUGGAAGGCAAGUACGUGGCCAUAGCGGCCACCAUCAGCUUCGGCAUGGGCGUCGACAAGGGCUCGGUGCGGUUCAUUGUGCACUGGGACAACCCUCAGAAUGUGGCCGCCUACUACCAGGAAUCAGGUCGAGCGGGUCGCGACGGAAAGAAAUCCUACUGUCGCAUUUACCACUGCCGCGAUCAAUGCAAAUCAAUUGAUUUUCUGCUGAAGCAAGAUUUGCAGAAAAGCAAAGACACACCGAAGGAAGAGAGUGCAAAGCAGGUGAUAAAGAAUUUCGAAAAAAUGAUUGAAUUCUGCGAAACCGUGCGGUGUCGGCAUCGACUGUUUUCCGACUACUUUGGCGACGAGCCGCCCGACUGUCGGAGCAUGUGUGACGUGUGCAUGAACCCGAAGAAGGCCGAAAAGGCACUGGAAACGUUCCAGCAGCUCAACAUCUCGGGCAAACUGAAAACCAUGACGUCCUACGAUGACGAUCCGUCCGAGCUGUACGGUGGAGGCCGCCGGGGCUACGAGAACGACUACUACGAUGUGCACUACGGCGAGGGACGCGAGAAACGCAAACAAGUCGAAUCGGCGCUGCUGAUACAGCGUCAGUUUGCCCUGCGCAAGGCGCAAGCUGCGAAGGAUAUGGCCAUGCAACGGUCGGCCACCAUCGGGCGUGUAAAGUUUGCCAUGCAAACGCCCAUCAAGGUGAGCGGUCUGACGAUUGCCACGCGCGAGACGAACGUUACGACGUUGGCCGACUUGUUGAAGAAAAAUAUGGACUCCUGCAAAGGCUUCGAAGAGCCGGACUACAGUCUCGUGUACAAGGACCUCGAGGACAUCGCCGUGGACAUCGAGUACGAAGCUUUCACCAAAAACACCGUCAAAAGUUUGUACCACCGGGCGAUCGUCUUACAGGUGAAAGCGAUUAAAAAUCUUAUGCUGGAUAAAACGCUGUUCCCCCGGCUGAAGGAGCACUGUCCGAAGCAUCGUGCCGCCCACGGUGGUGACUAUCGUACGAUCGAAGCUGAUCUUAAGCGAAAAUACGGCGAUAGCGUGCUAGAGGAGCUGCGAUCGGACGGACACGACAAGAAGCACCACCACCACCAUCAUCACCGGAGUGAUCGCAAUGGUGAUCGGAAGCCAGGCACCAAGCACUCGGGCAAGGCCACCUCCACCAGUUCGCGUGAUCGCGAUGGUCUCAGUCAGUCGUCGAUCGGUUCCUACUUUAGCGCCAAAAACAGCAUUUGCUCUACUUCUUCCUUGGCGAUCGGUGUAAGCGCGGGAGGGGCCGUGCCCGGAGUGAUAACGAUCGACGAUGGCGAUAUGUGGGAUGCCGAUUCCAGGGACGAUGAUCACGUUCGGGCGAUAGCCCCACCGGAACCGGCUCCCCUGCCUCCUUGCGAUCCGAUCCAAUCGCCACAGUCGCCACCGGCAUCGCCAUCACCAGAGUCGCGCCGAUCUCCGCCGAGGUCACCGCGCUCUCCACAUUCGCCCAUUUCACCGCCGCGAUCGCCACGAUCACCAUCGUCACCCCGUUCUCCGUCGGUCGAGUACAUCUCGAACGAACCGUACCUGGAGGGCGAAAUGAGGAAACACGAGCACCGCCGACGAUCGCUUUCCCGUUCUAGGGAUCUGGUAUCAAACGAACGGACCGCCUACCGCGACCGAUCCCGAUCGGACUCACGUGGGUACUCGAGUGAGCGAUCGCGAGCCAAGCAAAAGUCAUCCUACAAGCGAUCGCGCGAAAGCAGCCGAUCGUACUCCAGGGAACGCACGUACUCAUACCGAUCGGGCAGUUCCCGGUCCCGUGACUGGGAGGAGGACGAAAUGCGACGCCGACGGAAACGACCCUACGAAGAGGACGAGUAUGAUCGGGAGUAUGAGCCGAAGCCAAGCAGCAGCAAGCGGACCUACGACGCGGACUACGAGACGGUCAACAGUAAGCAUCACCACCACGCUGCAGCAAGCCGACGACCGCCGUCCCCGCAGGAAGAGUUCAGCUACAUGGCACCGAAAAAGCGAGUGUCCCACUAUAGUGACGCAGGUGCCAGUUACAGUAAAGCCGGAGCCACCGGAUUUCCGUCUGCCAGUGGUGGUAAUUCCAGCUCUACGUACACCAGUUACACUCAGCACUCUAUCGGCAGCAAGCCACCUGGAGGCCCCGGAGGCUCCGGCGGCGUUUCGGCGAGCGGCGAUCCCUCAAUGCUGACCAACGAUAACAUGUGGGAUGACGUCCGGGAUCAGAUUUCGCCAAUGUCCCCGCCGAACAAUCGGCUCAAAGAGCAACCACCUCCGGCGUCUCCCACGGUAUCUCCACCGGCAUCACCACCGGCAUCGCCACCAGCAUCACCAACGCCGCUGUCGCCGUCGCCGGAGCCCGAUAAUGGAUACAUGCACUCCAGCUACGUGCCACCUCCACCUUCCACGUCGCCCCCGUCGUUACAUCACGACAAGCAUCAUGCCAAGCGCACCUACGCCGAUCUACGGACACCGUACGAAGGCGCUUCGCUCGAUCCACGGCUGGCUUCGACUCCCAAAAGCCCGCCCUACUCUCUCCCCAGUGGACCGUCGUCAACGUCCUCCUCUUCCUCAUUGUGUGCCAAGCCUUCUACCUCGGCCUCCGCCCAGUUCAGCUCCGCUGUCCAGAUGCAGCUAGCGCACAGUAGCGUUCUCCAAAACGUUGGCAAAGCAUCACUAGGCGGUGGGACGUCAGCUGUCAGCGGCGCUGGAUUGAGUUCUUUCGGAGCAGCCGUGAAACAGAGCAUUAUGGCAAACAGCAGCAACGUCCCGGGGCCGUCGGCCGGUUCGAUGCACAUCUUGACGUCCGCGGGCCACACUCCCGGUGGGCCAUCGGAUUCGGCCAGCUCAACGCCGUCCGGAUCGCAUUUGGUUGAGAUGGAGAAGAAGAAGAAGAAUUUGGCCAGCUGUGUCAUUCACUUUCUGAUGCCGUAUUAUCGCGAUUCAAAGAUCAAAUCGAAAGAGCUGUUCAAGGGGUUGGCCCGAAAAAUUUCGCACAAAUUCUUCGAAGCCGAUGUCGUCGCUGAACGUAAAGUGAAAAAGUACAUCGACGACAUGAUGAAACACAAAGGGAUCAUCGCUAGCGAGGCCGAUUUUCCCAAAUAGGGGCUAAGGCGAAUGCGUGCGCACUCCGAUUCUGCUCGGGCCCGCAAAAGUGCACGUUUAUGGGCCAAAAAGCAGACGGAGCACGCGUAAAGCGCGCUUGUGUGUGCUUCUUUGAAUUACGUUAGGAUUAGAGUGUUUUUGUAAAUAUAAAACAAAAAGAGAACUAACAUUACA